CUUCAGACCUCAAUGACAUUGAUAUUGGGGGUCUUGACCUGGGUUUUGACGACGACUCCGAAGACUUCCGAUUCACUCUUGUUGGUCGCAUAAUCACUGAGAAAAUUAUCAAAUUUCCGUUUAUGCGUGAUACUAUGGCAACUUUUUGGCGUCCAAUCAGAGGUGUAGCUGCCAAAGAGCUAUCAAAUAACACUUUCCUCUUCCAAUUUUUCCACGAAAUCGACAUGAAUCGUGUUCUUGAGAAUGAGCCUUGGUCCUUCGAGCAAAAUCUACUGGUCCUUGCAAGAGUUCAGCCGGAAAUUCCACCAUCCUCCAUGCCUCUCGACACUGCGGAGUUCUGGGUCCAACUUCACGAUCUGCCACUUGGUUUCUUCUCGGAAAGAUCAGCAAAGGCCAUUAGAAAUUUCAUUGGGGAAUUCAUACGUAUUGAUGAAAAGGCCUUUAAUGGCUCCAGGAAUUCUUUCAUUCGAAUCCGGGUUCGCAUAAACAUCACAAAGCCUUUAAUCAGUCAAAUACCCAUCAGGAAGAACGGUGGGGACUGGAGCUGUAUCAACUUCCGCUAUGAGAGAUUACCAAAUUUUUGUUUUAUCUGUGGACUCAUUGGGCAUACGGAGAAUUACUGCUCAAAACCUGUUGAAGAUUCUAAUCCAUCAAUGGAGAAACUGUUCGGUGCCUGGUUGUGAUGGCAUGUUCUGUGUUAGAAAUGAAGGACACAGCGAUGGCUUAGCCCUCUUUUGGAAGGAAAGCACAUCAGUUUCCAUUCUAUCCUACUCUAAACAUCAUAUAGACGUGGCAGUCUGUCUCAAUGUGGAUGAAGUCGAGUGGCGCUUUACUAGAUUCUACGGCUCUUCAGACUAGACACCAACGGCCAGUGGGCAGAAUGGAAACUGGUUUUCGCGAGUGGCGCUUUACUGGAUUUGGCCGACAUAAAUCCUCUCCCUUGGGCAGUUAUGGGUGAUUUUAAUGACAUUCUACACUCGGAUGAAAAACGUGGAGGAAAUCCUCAACCUAUGAGACUUAUUUCUGGUUUUCGUGAGGCAGUGGAAUCAAGUGGGCUUAGACUUUGGGUUCAGUGGCUAUCAAUAUACUUGGGAGCGUUCAAAAGGUACUCAUCUAUGGGUGGAAGCCAAGUUAGAUAGAGUUCUUACUUCAGACUCCUGGAGUGAUCUUUUCCCUAUGGCGAAAGCAGAAUCCAUUACAACGGCAAAGAGUGAUCACAUGCCUCUGCUCCUCCAGAGUUUGCCACGAGCGCCUCCUAUUCACAACACAGGCUUCCGGUUUGAAAAUCUCUGGCUUCGGGAAGCUCAUUGCAGAAACAUAAUGAUCGAGAGUUGGUCAAAUACUCAUGGACAUAGUCUUAUGGAUAGGGUGGGGAUCUGUGGUACAGCCAUAUGGAUUUGGGGUAAACACUUUGCACGCAAUUUCCAGCGAUGUCUAGAUCAUUGGCGCAAACGCAUGGAAGCAACAAAAUACAGACGAGACCCUUAUGGUAUUACAUUGUUUAAGGAAGCACAAUCUGAGUACCUUCGUGUCCUACAACAUCAAAGUGACUAUUGGAGGCAAAGAGCCAAGCAAUUCUGGCUCAAAGAUGGUGACACAAACUCUAGUUUUUUUCACAAGACUGUCAAGCGAAGACAACAAGCUAACUGACUCACUAAGCUUAAGGACAGCAACAGAACAUGGAUUAACCAAGAUUAUGAAGUGAAAUUAUUUGGUACCGGCGGCAAAUCUGUUAUUUUUAUGGACCAAUUGUGU